AUGAAUAAGUACAGUGAAGGUAGAAUACCCUUACCUAAGAUAUACUGUUCCCGUAGAUUCACUGAUGACAAUAAAACAAAAGGCUACCUCAUAAUGGAGUACUUCGAUGAUAUUGUUCCAUGUCAUCUUACUGAUAACAUCACUAUCGAAGCAAUGAAGAAGGUUUUGCGUUCCAUAGCCAUUUGGCAAGGAAUCGGAUUGAAGAUGACAGAAGAGGAAAAAAGCAUUUAUACUACUGCGUUCUUGAGCGAGAACUUCGGAGACAUGUUCAAGCCUGAGAUGGUUAAUCAACUGAAAGCUGGAUUAGAAGAGUUCUGUGGACCAGAAAACUUAGAAACUAGUCGUCAGUUCCAUACUCUGAUGCUCAAACUGUGUACAAAGGAAGUUUAUGCGAAAUACGAUGCAAUCCCAGAUAAACUCGGAUAUAAAAGAGUGUUCGCACACGGAGACGUGUGGAGCACUAACAUUCUUUGGACGAAAGUUGAUGGAGUGCUCGAUAUCAAAGCUCACAUAGAUUUCCAGGUUAUUUGA